AACGUCCACCGUAAUAAGCUCAACGUUCAGUGAUCAAACGAGCAAGCUUCGAAUCUCUUCGAGUAAUCAAAAUGAAGACCAUUCCAAUUGUUUUCGUAUCUGCAGUUUGUAUUUUGUUUAUGAACGUAUUUGCUGAAGACAAGUAUACGACAAAGUAUGACGGUAUUGAUAUUGAUUUGGUAUUGACCAACGAAAGACUUUUGAACGGAUAUGUGAAUUGUUUAUUGGAUCGUGGAUCUUGCACCGCAGAUGCAACUGAACUUAAAAAAAAUCUGCCCGAUGCUUUGGAACACGACUGUUCAGCUUGCAGUGAGAAGCAGAAAACAAUUGCUGAUAAGGUGUCACAUUUUUUAAUUGAUAACAGGGUUGAAGAUUGGAGUCUCCUCGAGGCGAAAUACGACCCAACUGGUGCCUAUAGGCAACGUUAUUUAGAAAACCGAGUCAAAGAGAAAUCUAUAGACUAACUUUUGAUGUGCUGCUUGUUUAAGUGUGCUUUAUGUAAACAUAAUGAUACACUGUAACUACUUUAUGACAACUGCAAAUAUAUCAUGAAUAUGUAUGAAUAACAGAAA